CUGAUGGAAGCCCAGCAUGUAAGGCAAGCUGCCACUGGAUCUACUUUUAUUCUUGCUCUUGCUGAAGUAAUGACCGCACAGUCCCUUGUUCGCCACUGGUGCCAGUUUCAGUCAUUGUGCAAAGGUACUGUUUAUAAGGGUGGGGAAACUUGCAGUCAGCUAAGACUGAAGAAGUCAAUUGGAUGACGCUGCGUCCCUUCUUGGGAUUUCCUUGCCUGGAUGACUGAGCAUGCAUCAGGACAGAAACUCGUUUUGAAGUAAUAUGAGGUUUGAAUAUCGAUAAAUAUUAUACAAUAGUAAGUGCAAGCACGUGUAAAAAAGUAUGAAAGGAAUCUGAUGCUGUGUGCAAAUUCUUCUACACUCUCACAAAGGUUGGAGAUUAGAUUGCAUGAGAUAGCUACGCAGUAUUUUGUGUUUGUUGAUUAACUUCUUCGCAUUCAGUGAAUGGCUUUUUACAAUUUUUUUUUAUUUUUACUUUGAACUGUUUUCUCAGUUUGCAGCAGAUUCACAUUCACAUGUACUUACUACGUGUGGGUGAAAACUUUCCUGCACACUUGUUCUGUCAGUAUCACUGUUUACAUUCAAAGAGGGACGUCCUACAGGUGGUAAUACUAGCUAAUCCUGUUUGGUGACUAGCUCAAGCAGAAAACCAAGGCAAGUCUUUCAACCGUAAAACACAAAAAGGGAACUAAAGCAUUUUCACUCUGGAAUUAAAAGACCACCUUAAACUGUAGAGCUGUUCAUAAUAUUAUGAAUUAUGGCUUCUUCAGUGUCGCGAGUGUGUCAGAGAAAAACAAUCAUAUGUCCCAUUACUACUCUUAUUUUUGUUGUCACACAUCUACCAUUCAGCCUGCAGGAUACUGUUAAAAAGACAUCUACUGAGAAUUUGACUUUUUACCAGAGUGAUGCCACGUUUUAUGACUGCAUAUUUGAAGUUACAGUUUUAAAUGAUAAUUCCAUGAUGCAAAAAUGGGAAUCCUGCUGUAAAAACUUCAGUGAAGCCUGGAGAAAUGCAGAGCAACACACCAGAAAGCCUCAACACAAGCACCUGGAGAAAGAUCAUUCUGCUGCUUUAUAUAUGUACACAAAAUCUAUGUUGCAACCUGUAAACCUCAACUUCAAGUCUGCAAAUAGAACUGGAAAACCAAAGGAGACAUUUGAGUCACGCUCACUUUAUUCUUUUCUAACUGAAGGCAUUCAGAUUUUAAAACACAGCCAGGUGACAUGUGUUAGUACACAUUUUCAAGCAGAGACACUUUUACAUCUGAACAUCUCUAACAAACAGGUUCGGUUUAGCACCUUCAUGUUAGGCUCUGAUGAGUGGGACUUUGCACGGAACCUCUCAUGUUUUGAGGUGCAAACGUGCUUUGGCGCUGACAUAACAUAUUACUCUGCCCUGAAAAAAAAUAAUCAGGUGCUAAUUCCCCCAUAUGAGAUUUUCAAAGUCAAUGACAUCCAGAAAGAAACAAAGGAAUGCAGAAUCAGCUAUAGACUCACAAGCAAUAUGAACUGUGUUUAUAGCAAAGAAAGCAAUAUGUUGCAUCCAAUAUCUGCAGUAGUAGAUGGAUUUUGUGUAAUUUUUACUAUUAUUUGUAUUGUUCUAAUUUGUCUUUUGUUGUCUUUUGUUUUGGUGAAAGUGUACCAUAAGACCAAUGCUGUUUAUGGUUCUUCCUUUCCAUCUAAGUUACAGCAGCCACAUUGCUGA